AUGUCCGUCGUCUCCCUUCUCGGGGUGAAAAUCCUCAACAACCCGGCCGCCUUCACCGACUCUUACCGGUUUGAGAUUACCUUCGAGUGCUUGGAACAACUCCAGAAAGACCUCGAAUGGAAGCUCACCUACGUCGGUUCCGCCACUUCCUCUGAGUAUGACCAAGAGCUCGACUCCCUCCUCGUCGGCCCUAUCCCGGUCGGAGUGAACAAGUUCAUCUUCGAGGCCGAUGCGCCUGAUGUCAACCGCAUCCCCAGCUCGGAGAUGUUGGGCGUCACUGUCAUCCUCCUCACUUGCAGCUACGAUAGCCGGGAGUUCGUCCGCGUUGGAUACUACGUUAACAACGAGUAUGACAACGAAGAAUUAGCAACCGAUCCCCCUUCCAAACCCAUCAUCGAGCGCAUUCGCCGCAAUGUCCUUGCUGAGAAGCCCCGUGUGACCCGCUUUGCGAUUAAAUGGGAUACCGAGGACUCUGCCCCCGCUGAGUACCCGCCUGACCAGCCCGAGGCUGAUGGCCAGGCCGAUGACAGCGGUACCUACGGUGCUGAGGAACGUGAGCUCGAGGAAGCUCUCCUCAAGGAGCUCCAGGAGUCUGACAAGCCUGCCGAGGGCGAGGACCACGAGAUGGAGGGCGCUGACGCCCCCGCUGGCAAGGAGGAUGAGGAAGAGGAGGCCUCCGAUGCCGAGAGUGAGGACCUAGAGGCUGAGAGUGAUGAUGAUGAGGACGACCUUGAUGAGGAGGAGGGUGGUGAAGGUGAUGAGGAUGUCGAGAUGGGCGAUGACUCCGAGCAGAAGGCCGCUCACCCGGCCCAUCAGACUGAGGUCAUGGCGCACUAG